UUAUUUUAUUCAUUAACUGGUAGUUUCUUAACGAAGGUGUUUUAAGUUAGAGUUGAAGUGAUGAUAAUAUAAAGCUGACGAGUUUUUUGGAUUUAAAGCGCUUAUCGGAUAGCACAUUGUUUCGACAGAGGUUGUAGGAUACUUUUAAUCCAGGGUCAAAUAAUUUUCCAGCAAUGAGAAUCAACGCCUCAUAUGCUGCGUCAACCGUUUUGAAGAUACAGAGUGCUCUCCAAGCGUUGACAACUCUUCAGCUGACCACAUACCACUUUCCUGAACAGGCCACUGUUUUUGAUGGAGCAACAUACGACUACAUAAUAGUUGGGGCCGGUACAGCAGGAUGUGUCAUGGCCAACAGACUAGUGGAAGACAAUAAGACUAAUGUGCUGCUCAUAGAAGCUGGAGGGGACCCUCAACUAGAUGCUGGUUUACCAGGUUUACUGCUGUACAGCAAACAACCUGAUGCAACAUGGGGCUAUAAAACAGAAGACGACGGAAUCUCAAAAAAAUGCUACAAACCUAUGAGAGACGAUAUGGCCAUAGGAAAACUCCUAGGUGGAACCAGUUCUGUCAGUUACAUUCAGUACACAACAGGAAAUAAAUAUGAUUAUGACAAGUGGGCACAAAUCGUCAACGAUACCACUUGGAACUGGAAUAACGUUGUUCCAUACUUAAAGAAAUCUCAAAAGCUUAAUGAUCCGACCAUUAAUAACUCUCCUCAAGGUCAAUACUUUGCCAAAGAUGGAAAAAUUGAACUGUCUGUUUAUAGACUUGAUACAAGAUUGAAAUAUUUGAAAGCAUUCAGUCAGGCUGGGAAUGACAUCGUAGCUGCUAUAACUGGAAACACUUCUUUGGGUUACACUGAGCCAAUAUACACUAUUGGCAGCGGAGCUCGACAAAGCACUGCUUAUGCUUAUUUAGUUCCCAUCAGAAACCAUCCAAGGCUACAUGUAUUGAAAAACACAAUGGUCAAAAGAAUAAUAUUCGAUGCUUUCAAUAAUGCUGUUGGCGUUGAAGCUUAUACUAAUGAUAAAAGAUGUAUCAUUGUCAAAGCUAGAAAGGAAGUCAUACUUUCAGCUGGUGUUGUUAAUUCUCCUAAAAUUCUCAUGUUAUCGGGUAUCGGGCCAAAAGACCAUUUGUAUAGUCACAAAAUCGAAACUAUUUCCAAUCUGCCAGUUGGAAAGAAUUUUCAAGACCGUUUGGUAGUCACCAUGCUUUUCAACAUGAGCAAGUUGGUUAUUCCUUACAGACCUUGGAACCCUUACGAGUACCCAGCAGCUGUGCUAACUGGCUAUGUAUCUUUGAACAAGUCUAGCUACCCAGAUUAUCAUACGGUCAGUUAUGUGAGCUUUCCUUCAUAUCUCAUCACCUAUUGUACUUUCACUUAUGGCUUCAGUGACGAUAUUUGCAACAAUAUGAUAGGAGCUGAUGUAAAUACUGAAAUGAUGUAUUCGACAAUAGGAAAGGAAACUUACAAAUCUAGAGGAGAGAUUCUUUUAAGAAGCAACAAUUUUACCGAUGAUCCCUUAAUAUACACCAAUUAUUAUGCCAAUGAAGAAGAUAUAGAGGAUUUUGCUAGAAUUUUAGAACAUUUUAUUAAAAUUGUGGAUACAAAAGAGUUUAAAGAAAUCGGUGGAACAUUUCAAGAUCCUAAAUUGGCUGGGUGUAAGAAUUAUACGUUCCGUAGUAGGGAGUACUGGAAGUGCUAUUUGAGAUGUAUGUCGACUAGUCUACAUCACUAUAGUAGUACUUGUGCUAUGGGAUCCGUGGUGGACUCCAGGUUGAGGGUCUAUGGAGUGAAGAGGCUGAGGGUAGCUGAUGCCAGUAUUAUGCCUUUCCCGCCCGCUGGAGGUACCAUGGGACCCACUAUCAUGAUCGGUGAGAAGGCUGCUGAUAUGAUCAAGGAAGAUGAUAAAGACUUUAAGCCAAUUAGAUGUCAGUGAUGUAAAACAGUUACACCUAAUAUAGCUAACUUAAAAUGUCUUAGAUAUUGGACUGUUUGUCGCUGAAUAUGAAAAUAAAUAUAAC